AUGGCAGCAGAACCAUGUGGAAUAGAAUGGGUCUUCGUUACUGAAGCUGUGGAAAUACAGAGGAGUCUGAAUCAACUUGGAACGCCUCAAGAUUCACCUGAACUGAGGCAACAGCUGCAACAGAAGCAGCAGUAUACUAACCAACUUGCCAAAGAAACGGAUAAGUACAUUAAAGAGUUUGGAUCUCUGCCCACCACCCCCAGUGAACAGCGUCAAAGGAAAAUACAGAAGGAUCGCUUGGUGGCUGAAUUCACAACAUCACUGACAAACUUUCAAAAGGUCCAGAGGCAAGCUGCAGAGAAAGAGAAAGAGUUUGUUGCUCGAGUAAGAGCCAGUUCCAGAGUAUCUGGUGGUUUUCCUGAGGACAGCUCAAAGGAAAGGAAUCUUGUAUCCUGGGAAAGCCAAGCUCAACCUCAGGUGCAGGUGCAGGAUGAAGAAAUUACAGAGGAUGACCUCCGCCUUAUUCAGGAGAGAGAAUCUUCUAUUCGGCAGCUUGAAGCUGAUAUUAUGGAUAUCAAUGAAAUAUUUAAAGAUUUGGGAAUGAUGAUCCACGAACAAGGAGAUGUGAUAGACAGCAUAGAAGCCAAUGUGGAGAAUGCAGACGUGCACGUUCAGCAAGCAAACCAACAGCUGUCAAGGGCAGCAGAAUAUCAGGUAAUAUUAACCGCAGUGAGUUAUCUUGUAACUUAGGCUUUCCAGUCUGUGUGUGUGUGUGUGUGUGUGUGUGUGUGUUUGGUCUGUGUGUGUGUGUGAGAGAGAGAAAGAUUGAUCAGGUAUAAGGUGGCUGGAGAUGUUAAAAUUUAAAAUCCCAUGGAAGACAGGUCCAGAUAUCUGCCAGUCUGUUUAAAACUGGGGUUAGCCUGUUUCCUGUUUAUUCUCAGUGUCAAACAGAAUUGUGGCCCCCAGGGAUAGGAAGUUCAGUGUUUAGAGUCCUGAGGGGAGCAGUAGAUAGACAACUCCAGGCAUUUCUGACAGCUGGAGGUCUCUGAUGCUGUUGUGACCUUCCAAACCAGAAACCUCUUUGAUAACUUUCUUCCCCUAUGUCUCUCACUGUUUCCGUCCACCUUUUCUUUCUUUUUUGUCUGUGGCACUCUGCAGUAAGAAGGCAAAGAUCUUUGCUCUAGAGAAUUCUCAUCAAGUCCUAUGGAAAUUAUAUUCCCUUGGAGUGCCCUUGAUCACUGGGUAUUGUCAGCAUUCAGCAGACCCUUCACCAGGAAUGAAUUGAUUUCUUCAAUGGAUCAGGUUAAUAUAGGGAGUCCGUAUAUGUGACAGAUAUGAAGCACAUCAGAGUACUACACAGAUAUUAGGACCAUGAACUAUGAAUAUAUCAUAUGAUAUAUAGGCAAUAAAAAUGAGGCCAGGCUCUUCGGGAACCCCUAAAUACCACCAUAGCAUUUGAUUUCCCUCUUAAAAUUCCACUUUUUGUUGUUGUUCAUAAUUAUCUUCUCAGACCGUGUUGCCUUCUUCUAAAAUACCUAAGAUAUUAUCACAGUCUUAGAUAUUUUCAAUUGCUUUUUGCUUUUCUAACCAACCUCAGAAGUCCCCUUUCAUUUCAGUGCCAUUUUUCACUAGACAAAUCACCGCAUACUUAGUGAUAUAUAGAGAACAGUAAAGCUAUAUGAAGAUUGCUGAGUUACAGCCACCUGUACUCAGUGAUGUAGUAACUCUAACUCGCCUUUACCUUCUGUGUGCAUGUGAUUCAGGUAUGCAGCUCAGUAGAAUUACUGUCACACGUAGGUAUCAUUCAUGAACACGUGCACACACACACACACACACACAAUAAUCUAUAAAUGCCAACAGUUACUCAGACGUAUUGUUUAGCAAGAUUUAUCAGCAACUAGGUUUACAUGUUAUUUUGUUUUGCUUUUGGAUUUUGGAGGGAUGUAGAUAUAUCUCCAAGUUUUACUUUUCCCCUCUUUGGGAAGGGUAGACCCUACAGCCACCCUGGGAGAAAGGAGCACAUCUUCCCAAGCCAUACCUCCAUAUCUAAAGCUGCCCCGUACUUAAUUCCAUGGGCCCUGGAGAGAUGAGGGAAGAGCCGUUCAACAUCAGUGCUGAGGAAAAAAGCAGCUUCCCUGUAGUUCUCCUUGGAAACCUUGAUAUUAAACUCUUGCCUCUGCAAAAUAUGGUGCUUCUUAAUAGUUUGGGUGAACCAUGAGUGUAGGGGAAGCUGAUCAGUACUCAUCAUUGCAGUACCCUGGGACCUCACCAUCCCACACUAGGGAGGGUGCCCUGGGCCACAGAUACCCUGUGGGGGAAGCCUGUGAUUAUUCUUACAGGUAUAUUACACAUGUACCUAUGGUACUCAAGUGGAGUCUGGGGAAAAUAUGUAGGCAAGAUGAGACAAACUCUAGAGAAGUCAUACUUCACGUAAGGGAGUAUUCAGUUGAAAAAAUUGCUGAAUAUGUGGUAUACUGAAAUUCAUCAUAGUUUUCAGGAGAAUUUCAGAGUCGGAAACCUGUCUUUCUGUAAAUUUUAUGGUACUACUAGUUGACAAAGAAAAUUUACAAACUUUUCAACCUUGUAAGAAAAAAAUUCUGCG